AUGGACGGAUGUGCGAACAAGCCAUGUCAACACGGUGGUACUUGCCUGCCACGAUUCGGCAAGAAGUACAACUGUUUGUGUCCUCCGUACCGUACUGGUGAAAACUGUGAAGAGGACAUCGACGAAUGCGCCAUCUAUGAAGGGACCCAUGCAGGAUGCCAGAACAAUGCAACAUGUGAGAAUCACGACACAGGUUUCCGAUGUCAAUGUCGCUCUGGCUACCACGGCCCUCUCUGUCAGUAUCGCCAGUCCACAUGCUCAAAGUCAAUUGAGUUGUGCGGACACAUGGUCACUGCCAUACGCGACACAUCAGAACAGAUGCUAGAUCACGAUGACAAGCUGAAUCCUACAUGUGUUGAUGUCGACGAAUGUCUUGAUAAUCCGUGUCACCCUGGAGUGGACUGCAUCAACUUGCCGGGCAAAGUUUCAAGUGCACAGGCUGCCCAAAGGGUUAAU